AUGAACAAACGAUCUCUUCCACAGGAAAGUCAAACACGCAGGCACGUCAUUCCGGUUCACUACGAAGUUGGUAAUGAAAGCGACAGCCUCGAGCAACUUGAUCAGCAGCGUCAAGUUACUGUGAGGGACAGUCGAGUCUCCGAUGAUGCUGGAAAAUCGGAGUGUGAGGCGAAAGUGUCUUCUGAUUCCCUUAAGAGUAAACGCAAAUGCGCUUCAGGAAGUUCAUACUUGCCCAUAAUCAGGAAAGGUCUGUUUUCCGAAGACCAUUUCUUCGAGAAUGUACGUCAGAACUACAGUGAGGCUGUGAAGGAAGUGCUGGAAAGUGCGAAUGAAUGGUCCUGUGAAAGGGACGCCAUGCAGGUCUACCGAAAUUUGCGUCAACGCAAUCUGCAAGUAGAAAACCAAGCAUUCUCUGUGACUGAGGAUGAACACACUCACAAGGUUGUAAUGGACGUGCAUGACUUUACCAGCGGAGAUGUGACAGUGUCGCUGGUGGGAGGAAGUGAGCUUGUGAUCGAAGGGCAAGCAGAGAAGCAGGAAGGCAGUUGUUCGGCGAGGAAGAGCUUCUGUCGCCGCUUUUUGUUGCCUGAACUGGUUGAGCGAGACGCCAUUAGCUCGGCGCUGUCCUCCGACGGCAUUCUCAGCGUGAUCUCGUCCAAGAGAGGGAAGUCGGACGCGAAGGCAAGCAGCAAAGGCUUUUCGAGCGAGACGAAGACCCGGCUGGAGAACAAGACAGACAGCGGCCACAGCUGGGAGGAGAAAGACGUGGCGGAGUCUUUGAAAGAGUCCGACGGCCACAGCGUCCGCACCUUCGCCUCCAGCUCCCGCGCUCACCACCACCAUUCCUACACAAACCAUUUCUAAAGUCACAGCUUUCCAGAUCUCUACUUCUGUAGUUUAGCUAAGUGUAGAUAAGAUUUAUUUUUGUUGACUGUUCAAGGCCAAAUUCGAUAUGUGAUAUGUGUGGUUUUGUGUGAGAAUGAUGUGGUCUUUUGCAGUCGACGAGUGGCAAGAGUUGAUUAGAUGCCAGGGGCAAGGAGCAAAAGAGAAAGACGAUAGAAUUACCAACAUUCCUUAAAUGUGAAUUCAUUUAUCAUUUCCUUCAGAGGAUCUGCAAAACAUAUUUUAUUAGUAAUGUUUAAGACUAAUGGGAUGAGAAAGAUCGAUUUUCACAAUGAUUUCUAAUAAAUAUAUAGAGACUAAAA